CCCCGCUGUGUGCGCCAUUUGACAGUUACGCAAAAACAAGUAAAGUAAAGUUAGACAAUAUUUGUAUCUUAACAAUAUAUUUGGGGGAAUUCGAGCGAUGUGCGCGUCCCGUAUUUCCCUCUGCGCUCCAGUCUUGGACUUUGAGAGACACUUAAACAUGGGAGUAACUCUGUCUGGUCUCCGUUGGGAUUUUUUUUUUUCCUGAUGUGUUGCCGCUGCAGAAGUGGGCUGGUUCUGUGUCUCCGAGUCUUCCUACAGAGGGAAGACGAAGUUUCGCACCAGUUUUGCCUCCAAUCCAGUGGAGGUUUCAAUAGCAGCGGCGCGGCAGGGGAGGGACGCACUGCCAGCACUCAGGAUACCCACUCACACACACGGACGCGCGCGCGCACACACACACGGGCUCUCUCUCACACUCCUGCCCACUAGAGACCAGUUAAAUCCGCAAGAAAACUGCAAACACGCACCAGAGCAGUCGUCUAAUCCGAUUGAUAGGCAGCAACAAUAGAAGUGCAAAGUGGAGGAACUACUGGACGCUGCAGAGGACGACGCGUGGUUUGAUUCUUCUUUGAAAUCGCGGUAGUUUGAAGGCACUUUUUAUUGCAAUUUCGGUGAUAUCAGCGUGUUUUUUGAGCACAUCAGACGCCGUCCAUCUGAUAACUUCGCCGUUUCACAUUCGAAAGAAUGAGGCAGUGUAAAAGCUGGAGUGCGCUGCCGCUGCUGGUGCUGCUGGUGCCGCUGGUGCUGCUGGGACUGGGAGCGCUGGCCCAGAAACUGCCCACGCGGGACGAAGGGCUCUUCCAGAUGCAGAUCAGAGACAAGUCGCUAUUCCACGACUCCUCUGUGGUGCCCGACGGGGCCGAGAUCAGUGGCUACCUCUUCAGGGACACGCCUAAAAGGUACUACUUUGUGGUGGAGGAGGACAACACGCCCCUGUCGGUGACGGUGACGCCGUGCGACGCGCCCCUGGAGUGGAAGCUGACGCUGCAGGAGCUGCCGGAGGACGCCAGCGGAGAGGGAUCAGGGGAGCCCGAGCCGCUGGACCAGCAGAAGCAGCAGGUGACGGCGGACGAGGGCACGGAGCUCUUCGCCUACAAGGGGAACGACGUGGAGUCCUACGUGGCCACCAGCUCCCCGUCCGGCCUCUACCAGCUGGAGCUGCUGUCCACGGAGAAGGACAGCAACUUCAAGGUGUACGCCACCACCACGCCCGAGUCCGACCAGCCCUACCCCGAGCUGCCCUACGACCCCCGCGUGGACGUGACCGCCCUGGGCCGCACCACCGUCACCCUGGCCUGGAAGCCCACGCCCACGGGCUUUCUGAUGGGCCAGCCGGUCCAGUACUGCGUGGUGAUCAACAAGGAGCACAACUUCAAGAGCAUGUGCGCCGCCGAAGCUAAAAUGAGCACGGACGACGCCUUCAUGGCGGCGCCCAAGCCCGGCAGAGACUUCAGCCCGUUCGACUUUGUACACUUUGGCUUUGUUCCCUCUGACAAUGGGUUUGGCAAGGACCGAGGGCUCACAAGUAACAAGAUCUCCCGGGCCUACGUGGCCAAACCCAAAGCGUCAGACAUCCAGAAAGUGUGCAUCGGCAAUAAGAACAUUUUCACCGUGUCCGAUCUGAAACCAGACACUCAGUACUACUUCGACGUGUUCGCCGUGAAUGCCGCGACCAACACCAGCACGGCGUACGUGGGCACCUUCGCCCGCACCAAGGAGGAGGCCCGUCAGAAGACGGUGGAGCUGAAGGACGGCAAGGUCUCGGACGUGUUCAUCAAGAGGAAAGGCAGCAAGUUCCUGCGCUUCGCCCCCGUGUCGUCCCACCAGAGGGUCGCCCUCUUCGUCCACGCGUGCCUGGAUGCCGUGCAGGUGCAGGUGCGGCGCGACGGCAAGCUGGUGCUGUCCCAGAACGUGGAGGGGGUGCGGCAGUUCCAGCUGCGGGGGAAGCCCAAGGCCAAGUACCUGAUCCGCCUGCGGGGCAGCAGGAAGGGCGCCUCCACCCUCAAGCUGCUGGCCACCACGCGGCCCAGCGGCAAGCAGCCCUUCCCCUCGCUGCCCGAGGACACGCGCAUCAAGGCCUUCGACAAGCUGCGCACCUGCUCCUCCGCCACCGUGGCCUGGCUGGGCACGCAGGACCGCAACAAGUACUGCAUCUACCGCAAGGAGGUGGCCGGCAGCUACGGCGAGGAGCAGCGGCGCCGCGAGCAGAACCAGUGCGCCGGGCCCGAGACCCGCAGGAAGGCCGAGAAGGUCCUGUGCAAGUACUUCCACAGCCCGAACCUGCAGAAGGCUGUGACCACAGAGACCAUCACGGGCAUGGAGCCGGGCAAGACCUACCUGCUGGACGUUUACGUGGUGGGACACAGCGGGCACUCAGUGAAAUACCAGAGCAAACUGGUCAAAACAAGGAAAUACUGUUAAAUGACUCUGCAAAGGAUAAAUCUAUUAUAAAUCUAUAUAUUAAAUAAGUUUAUUUAACUCUAAGUGAUAUUCUACUAAGGAGUGUAUACAGACUGACUACUCACACAGCUGAUGGGCCUGUGGCAGUGACUGAACUGUUUAUAGAGAGAUAUCGACCCUGUAUAUUUAUGUUUACACGUCAUCGGUGGCCCAUCGUCGAGCUGCUUCGUUGCCCGGCUUGUCGACGCGACAUCACGUUGCCGCCAGGGAGGCAGAACAUCAAAGAAGAUCACCUUUCCUUUGUCCUUUGUCGCUGCAUGACUCUUUUGCUUUUGUCCGUCCUGCGUGUUCCGUCCCGUCGGUUUCACACUUUGUCCACCGGAGAAGAUACAAUAGCCGUCUGUGUUGUAUAGAUCUCUCACUGCAUAUUCAUUAUAUGUUUUAGGAAGAGUUUAAAUUAUUUUAUACUGUACGUUUCCUUUUUGAUUGUUUUCACGGAUGACAAAUGAUUCCAGUUCCACGAGGACAUUCCCCGACGCGUCCCAGCUCAGUGUUUUGCUCUAGAGCCCAUCUUGUAAAUGUGUCCUGUGCUGGAGCUCUGUGUUAUGAUCACUGUGUCGCCCUGUCGCUGAGUGUGUUUGAGUGUGUGUGCGUGCGCGCGUGUGUGUCACAUGUACAGAGUUGUCCUGCCAAUAUUCAUGUACAUAAACACUAAAUAUAGAACAAAUAAUCCCUGUGUCA